AGGCCAGCUCAGAGCAGCUCGAGGUGGUGGAAGGUGUUGGGGUGGGAUGAGAUGAUCCUAAAAGUCCUCCCCAACCCAAAGCAUUGUUAAUUCUGGGAUAAUUAAGGUUCUCCGGGUGUGUUUUCCCCACUUUGGAGCGAGGGUGAGGCUCCUUCAUCCCAAAUUGGUCACGCCCGAGUUCAGCCGAGGCUGAGCUUUGUGUUUGAAAUCUGCCAGGCCGGGGAAAUGAGGCCUGCUGUUAAUUUAUGAGGGGAAAAAAAGCAGGUCAGCACGUCUGAAAGGUGCUGACAAGCAUAAAGCACCUGAGAUUGUCAAAAAAAGGGGGAAAAAAGAGGCUGGAAAUGGUUUUUUAUCCCCACGUGAGUGAAAUGUUGUGGCCGAGGUUUCGCAGUCAGAGGGAGGGGGGAAGAGGUGCCUGAAUUCAGGAAUUCUCAUUUCCUAAUCAAACACCCCUUGGAGGGUUUGACCUUCCAAAGUGGGGCUGUGGGAGCAGCUCUGUGGCUAUGAAAAGUGAUUUUUGUCCUUGCAGAGCCCCUCCAGAGCCACCUCAAGGUUCUCACAGCAGCAACUCCAGCCCUGAAGAUUCCAGGCUGAAAAAGCUGCAGCAUAAAAGGCAGAAAUAACAGAAAGUCAGAGCUGAAAAAGAGAAUGAUUCCAUUUAAAUAGAAUUAUUCCUUCAUCCACACUCUGCAGCCAAGGAGCUGGAGCUCUCCUGGCCCCGUGGAAGUGUGCCUGGUAUGGGUAAUGGUGUGAGAGAAGGUCCAGUGGAAUUCCAGAGGGAUGUGGAGCCCGUCACAGCCCGGAUUCCUGCAGAGGAUAACCAGGAGAAGAAGAAAGUGCUGAACUCCCUGAUGUCUGGGGCUCUGGCUGGGGCUGUGGCUAAAACUGCAGUGGCUCCUCUGGACAGGACAAAAAUCAUGUUCCAGGUGUCUUCAAAAAGAUUUUCUGCCAAGGAAGCGUACAGGCUGAUCUAUCACACCUACCUCAACGAGGGCUUCUGGAGCCUCUGGAGAGGGAACUCGGCCACCAUGGUGCGGGUGAUCCCCUACGCCGCCAUCCAGUUCUGCGCCCACGAGGAGUACAAGCAGAUCCUGGGCAACUACUACGGAUUCCAGGGAAAGGCACUGACGCCUUUCCCUCGCUUCAUUGCCGGCUCCCUGGCUGGCACCACGGCUGCCAUGCUCACCUACCCCCUGGACAUGGUCCGUGCCCGCAUGGCUGUCACGCCCAAGGAGAUGUACAGCAGCAUUGUCCACGUCUUCAUCCGGAUAUCCCGUGAGGAGGGGCUGAAAACCUUGUACAGGGGCUUCACACCCACCAUCCUGGGCGUCAUCCCCUACGCCGGCCUCAGCUUCUUCACCUACGAGACGCUGAAGAAGGUGCACGCAGAGCACAGCGGGAAGGCGCAGCCCUCGCCCCCGGAGCGGCUGCUGUUCGGGGCGUGCGCCGGCCUCAUCGGCCAGUCGGCCUCGUACCCGCUGGACGUGGUGCGGCGCCGCAUGCAGACGGCCGGCGUGCUGGGCCACAGCUACAGCUCCAUCCUGCUCACCAUGCAGGACAUCGUCAGGGAGGAGGGACUCGUCAGGGGCUUGUACAAAGGGCUCAGCAUGAACUGGGUGAAAGGCCCCAUCGCCGUGGGGAUCAGCUUCACCACCUUCGACCUGACGCAGAUCCUGCUCCGCAAGCUGCAGCACGGCCCCGGCCUCGAGAGGUAGUGGCUUUGUGUACAAAGAGCAGGUCGUUCUUCCCUGGCCUCCCACGUGCUCCUGCAGCUGGGAACUCGCCUGUUUGUUGGGGGGUUUUUUUCCUGUUGUUUUCGGAUUGGAUUUUUUUCUCCUUUUUAAUUUGGAAGCCUGACCGUUCCCUAAGUGAAAAAUUGCCGAUCCUGCAGAGCUGAGUCCUCCAAAGCAGCUGCUGCCUCAGCCUUGUGCUGGACUCUGCCCCCAGGAGUGGAGCCUCCCCACCCCACCUGUGCUGCUCCUGGCUCCUCACCUGGCUCUCCGUGGGCAGAGGGAAGCGGUGGCUGAUGGAAGAGGGGGCUCGGAGCUGUUGGGAAUGAACCCCUGGAUCUGGGAAGGGGCAGUUUUGUAGCUCCCUACAUUCUGCCAAGUGCAAUAUCCCAGUGUAGUCCGUAGGGAAUUCCAGAUUCCCCUGGGCUGUGGAAGCAGGGCAGAGCAGGCCCAGGACACUACACUUGUUCCGAAAGCUGAAUGUUUCCUCUGGCUGGGAACGCUGCCCUUUUUGCAUGGAUUUCCUUGCUUUUGGGUUGAGCUGCAUCAAUGUCCCUCGUUUGUGGUGUCCCUCUGAGAUUACCAAAGACUGGAGGCAGCAGAGGAGGGGAGUUCUGAGCCUUUUUAUAAAGGAAAUUUUCCUCUGUGUGCUGUCGGUGUCGCCGAGCAAGGUCUGUGCCUGGAUUCCCAAACCGGAUCCACUCCAGCUGCAUCUGUGUUUUCCUUCUGUGCUGCCCUGCCCUGGAGAGGCAGCGUUUUCCAGGGCUGCAGGCACUGAGGGAGGAGGUGUUCCAUCCUCCCAAACCCCCUUUUUUCAUUCAGUGUUAUCGCUGCUCUAUGCACCGUGGGAGAACAAACCCUGCUGCAGCCUGGGCUGUCCCCAAAAAAAGCUGUCCCUGGGAGCUGAGCCCGGCCCCUGGGCGUCCUGGUUGUCCUUUUUGGUACCUGCUGUGUAGGUCCUGUCACCUCUGUUCACUAACUCAUCCCCUCAGCUGUUUUAUCCCUAAAAUCCCCCUUGGAAUUUAACCCUUGUGGGCACCACAGCGCUGACCCUGCAGUGCCAAUCACUUCCAGCUGGGAUUCCACAGCCAACGGUCGGGAGUCUCUCAGUGUUCCUCUUUCCAAUCAGUUUUCAGGGAAAUGGAGAUUUUUUUGGUGGGUGAUCCAUCCCUCUGUUGAAUUCAGAAGUCAGAGCAGACUUCAGACUCCUCUGAUGAUAGAUUACACAAACCAAGGUGGAAAAAAUCCCUUUCCAGAGAGUCCAUAAUGUAAGAAAAAACCAAGAUUUACCUUAAAACCUGUCCUUUCCUGGUUGUUCUGUGCUUUAGCUGUUGUAGCUGGAUGGGAAUGAGUGGGAAUGGAAGGAAUUGCACAAGGGGGCAGGAGCAGCCUUCUCCUUUCUUUUUUGUCUUUGCACUUCUUCGGAGCACCAAGCUGCUCCUGAUGCCAAAUAUUUCCUUAGGAAUCAGGGGAUGUGGGAGUGGCACUGCAGUGUUGGCACACAGAUUGUCCCCAGCACUGGAACUGGGAUUUAACCUCAGCAAUUCUGCCCCUGAGCCCAGCAGGGCCACACAUUCCCUGAUUUACCUGGGAGUUAAAGACCCCUGGGGUUUGGGGAGGUGGUGGCCACGAAUUCUGUGUCAUUGUUUUGGGGCUGUGGAAAUCUCCCAGCUCUGCUUUCCCCUGGCUCUGCCCCCAUUUCUUUUCUCCAGUGGAGAAGCCAAUUUCCCUGCUCUAGUCCUGAUCCAGAGGGAGGAAUUCCCAGCAGUGUUUAUGUCCUCUCCCUUCCUUGUCCCCUCCCAGCUGGGAAAAGCAGGAUUUCCAGGAGCCUGGGAGUGCUGACAAGCUUUUCUUUUAAUCAGCAGCUGCACCUGAUUUAAAUUCAGAAUUUCAGCCAAUUUCCCCACAAGUUUUGCAGGCUGGGUGUUCGUCCAGGGGCAGAUCCUUGAGUUCAGCCUCUGAUGGUUUUGGUGCUUUUGUUUCUCAGAGUGUGUUGCUGCUUUGGGUUGGUUUAAAAAGCUUUUUUUUUCCCUUUUUUUCCCUUUUUUUUGAAUGUAGAAAAGGGGAAACAGAGUGUUCCCUUCCCUUCUCUUCUUCCCUGCAUGGAUUCACACACGUUCCAGAUUUUUUUCUGGGGUGUGCUGGCCAGGAAGAGCUCUGAGAAAGGAAACAAAACAGGAGUUUUUCCCUUUUUUUUUUCCUUUUUUCCCUUUCCUGCAAUUCCCUAAUUUUUCAUUUUCUUCCUCUCAAAUUUAAUUCCCCACUCCCCUUUCUCACAGAUCCUUAAAGCAUCACCACCAAAUUUGUGCUUUUUGUUUUUCUUUUCCUCUCCCUCUUCCUGCACCUUGAGCCCCGCACUGGCACUUCGAGAAAACCAGGUCCAGAAAAUUGCACCCAAAACGUCAAAAUUGCAGCUUUUCAGCAUUUUUCCAACAGCCCAAGCACGUGUUCCCCUCACGGCCUGGAUGCUCCAGGCACUUCAGGCACCAGGGGAUGGUUUGGGGGAGCUUUCCUGAGCUCCUUGGCCCGUUUGGCAUCUUCACUUUGUACCUUCUGGGGGCUGAUUUCCCCCUCUAUUCACACUUUUUCCCCUUUUCCCCCCUUCUUUUCCCUUUUUCCCCUCCCCCCCCCUUUUUCUCUUUUCCCCCCAUUUCUUU